AUGGCUGAUCGCCCCUUCCGAGUCAUCAUAGCCGGUGGAGGCUAUUCAGGCCUGGUCACCGCCCUAGCCUUGGAGAAAGCUAGCAUAGAAUUCGUGCUGCUCGAAGCGCGCGACAUUGCACCACAUCUCGGCGCGUCCAUCUCGGUGCACCCACAUGUGCAGGUCGUGCUGGAGCAGUUGGGUGUCUGGCCGGAGAUCGAGGCAGGGGUGAUUCCUCUUACAGACCGCGAGCACUUUGACCAGCAUGGAACCAUGUUUGACAACUCUGACGUGCUCGGCGAGAUAUCGCGACAGACAAAUGGCGGCCUCACUCUGUUCAUGGAGCGCAAAUUCCUUCUGCAGUGCGUCUACAACCAGAUCGCCGGCAAGACCAAAGUGCGUGCUCGCACGGGCUUCGUCUCCUACGCCGAACAUGAAGACUGCAUCCACGUCACCACAGACUCGGGCGAGACUAUCCGCGGUGACAUCCUUAUUGGUGCAGAUGGUGUGCAUAGCGCAGUGCGAGCACACAUGGCCGAGCAGCUCAGGCCCAUGGAUCUGGCGACUUCACAAAAGCUGCUGUCGAGCUUCGUGGCCAGGUACCACUGCAUCUUUGCGACUUCCCACAACUCCAAUGCUGCUGGGAAGCCCUUUCUGCCAGAUGCCAUGGUACAUAACGUGUACUACCCAAACUUCUCCGGCAUCGCGGCCGUCGGGGUCCAAGGGCUGGUGUUCUGGUUCCUGUUCGUCAAGAGCGAGGCCACCACAAGGACCCCAGACACUCCGCGAUAUAGCGAGGAGGAUAUGCAUGCCACGAUCGACAAGUAUGGCGGUUUCGCCCUCGGUCCUGGGUACACGUUUCACGACCUGUGGGAUGCCCGCAUCAAGGCGGCGAUGGUCCCGCUGGAGGAAGGCGUGCUGCCCACCAAGUGGAGCAACAGCGGCAGGGUCGUUUUGUUGGGUGAUGCGGUACACAAGGCUACCAUCAACCCGGGGCUGGGUGGUAAUCUAGCGGUCGAAGGAGUCGUCGCCCUGGUCAAUUCUCUUCGUGCUGCUCUUACCGGAAAGACAGAGUCUGCAGAUAAAAAGGACAAGCAGCGGCUCAGCACGGUGGAGCUCCAGCACGUGUUUCAGAAGUAUGAGAGAGAGCAAAGGCCCCGCGCGGACAAGAUUGUCAGCCUGUCUGGAUACGUCACGCGGCUUGAGGCGAUGGAGACUUGGUGGCUCCGGCUGCUGCGUCGAGUGAUGCCUUGGUUCAGUGCUGGGACAAAAGCUUCUGUGCUUGUAGGUCAUAUGAAAGAGGCACAGUGCCUUGAGUUUCUGCCCAACCCAGAAGGAGGAUUCCGCGCCACCGCUGCUGUUUAG